AUGGCGUACAAAUCAGGAACCAAUAACCGUAGUAAUAUAAUAACUAAUGGCAGCACACUGCCGCCGCGAAGCAACAAGAAGGCUUACAGUAGACGUAAAAAGAAGAGCGUAAGUAUGCCCAUAAUUUACAAGAGUUUUUGUGAUACAAGACAGAUCGACGACGACCAACAAGCCUUCAAAAUGCUGGAUAAAGUUAGUCAUCUGAAAAAAUUCAGCGCUGAAGAAGGUGAUGAUGACAAUACAUUUGUCCAAUGGGCCGAUGAUAUUACAGAUACCUUAUCCGGGCUAUGCUGCACAGGAACCUUUUUAAAACUUCUCAUAAGCUCUGCGUUAUCCGGGCGAGCCAAGAAUUGGUUUGAUUCGGCAACAGAGGGCAUCGAUGACUACGUGAUAAAGACUUAUGAUUUUGGAAAAUUUCUUGCUUUACUAUCAGAAGAAUUUGAUGGAGCAAAAUUCUUAAGAAGGGAGAGUUUCACGGAACUAUUAAAGCUGUCCAUUGAUUCUGAGAAGUCAUUGGAAACAUUUGCUUAUAUAUCGGGACGUCUAACUCCUUAUUACCUGUCUUCUGGUGCUGCGUUGGAUUUAUUUCUCAGUAAGUUAGAGCCACACUUGCAAAAACAAUUGGGAAAUUCUGCAUUUCCGAUGACUUUGGAUGUAGCCUUGUUGAUGACUGCCUGUGAAUUUGCGAAGGGAGCAUCUAGUCAUAGAAAACAUCGAAACAAAAAUACAAGAGAUUUCGACAUCAAUUCUCCAAAGAUUAAGAGUGCUGCUAAAGUUAGCAAAAUAUCUAACACCAAAAAUAUGAAUGAAAACAGCGUCAUUGAAAAGAGUGAUCGGAAAAAUUACUCUAAUAAAAACGAACUACAAAUACCCGAUACUAAACUUCGAAAACGAAAUGGACGUGGAGUGCAGCUCUCUCUUUUCGUGGCCGAGCACAAGAAGACUCUUCCAUAUGAGAAUUUUUCUGCCAAUGCAUACGCGUCAAAAAAUGGACAGUCCAAUUUGAUCGAUCCCUUUGAUCUUCAUACACAUCUUAGAAACGGUGAAUCUCGACUAUAUGCAUUAAAUGCGAUAUCAACUCAGAAUAACGACAGGUCGAUUCCAGGAACAACUAAUGAUAAUUUAAUAAAUGAUGAAGUUGCAAAUAUGAGAAAGCAAAUCACAAUUAAUAAUGAACGUACGGAUGAAAUCACGCCGUCUUUAAACCUGAGCCGCUGCGCAGUGAAAAGAAACUCACUGCAACUUGUAUCACCAAAUACUUUUAAAGGAAGCGCUGAAAUUCAAGAACCAAAAAUGAAGAGAGUUUUAGGUAGUGAUAUAUCGAUUGGCUCAUCCCAAACAAUGUAUGUAUUUUCCCACCCAGGCACUCCCACAGUUGCUAAUCCAGCAAGAAAAAAUGAAAUCAGCGAGAGUUGUCAGAUUAACGAUACUGUUCAUUCUAACCCGUUCACGGCAAACGAAAAUGAAAAAAUCUCGAACCUAUCAGAAAGCUUUAAAAACCCUGUAGCAUCUAUGGAAAUAAAUAGGCUGAGCUCCACCGCGGGCCUCAAAAAGAUCUCAGAAAGCGUUCAUAGAGAGAACAAGAGGCCUAAUUUAUCAACUCAAAAAAGCUAUCCACUGCAUAACUUUGCUGUGCGCACAAGGAAUGCACAUUUUAAUGACCGGCCUUCUAAUUAUACAUCGGCACAUGAAAUUACAGAUGCGACUUGCCGAUUAUCUCCGAGCAUUAAUAGUAUUCAAUGUCUUACUGGGCCCAAAAGCAGGGAUGCAGAGACUAACAAAGCAACGAUUUCAUCUUAUAUGGUUGCUCAAGACGAAAAAGCGGCGAAGAGCAAAAAUGUAGAAACUAAGAGCAGAAAGUUCCCCAAUGUAAUAAACCCUUUUCUUACGAAUACAGUGAAUAAAAAAAAAAAAGACUACUAUUAUAUGUGA